GUUGGUUACACUGUCCGUUUCGACGAUACCUCCAGUCCACAUACCGUGCUUAAGUAUUUGACCGACGGUAUGCUUCUUCGUGAAGUGUUAUCAGAUGAACUUUUAUUGCGAUAUAAAGUGAUUGUGCUGGAUGAAGCUCACGAGCGAACGCUGAGAACCGAUAUGCUCUUUGGUAUGGUGAAGAAGAUCCAACGGAUACGCAAACAAAAAGUACGCGAUGGGGAAAAAGGGGUGGAAGAGCUGAAGAUUGUCGUCAUGAGCGCUACAUUGGAUGCUGAGAAGUUUAGCGAGUUUUUCAAUGGUGCCAAGAUUUUAUACGUCUCUGGUCGUCUAUUCCCUGUCGAUACUUAUUUUACGAUAGAUGCACAAUCCGAUUAUUUGGACGCCUCGCUGGUGACAAUCUUUCAAAUUCAUAUGAGGAAUCCGAAAGGAGAUAUACUCGUCUUCUUGCCUGGCCAAGAAGCUAUUGAAACAUUAUCGACACUUGUAAAUGAUUAUGCAUCAAAACUACGGAAGAAACAGCAGCGGUUACUGGCUUGUCCCUUGUUUGCUGCUCUUCCUCCGUCCCAACAGCAGAAAGUAUUUGAUCCGGCGCCUCCACACACACGCAAAGUCAUCCUCGCCACCAACAUUGCCGAAACAAGUAUCACCAUUCCCGGGAUCAAAUACGUCGUCGAUUGUGGUCUCGCCAAAAUGCGUGGUUUCAAUCCCAAAAUUGGCGUCGAGUCGCUACUGCUGCAUCCCAUUUCCAAAAGUUCCGCAUGGCAGCGUACGGGACGUGCCGGUCGUGAGGCUGCGGGAGUGUGUUAUCGCUUAUAUACCGAAGAUACCUUUAGAGAUCUUGAGGAUGAUACUGUGCCUGAAAUUCGACGCUGCAACCUGGCCGCCGCAAUGCUGACACUAAAAGCCUCCGGUAUUGAAAAUGUGCUGGACUUUGAUUACAUGGAUCGACCGUCCAGAACUUCCAUGAUUCGUGCCCUAGAGGAACUGUACGCUCUUGGAGCCAUGGACGAUACGGGCAAACUGACAGAACUUGGCAAGAAAAUGGCCGAAUUUCCUCUGGAUCCAUCUUUCUCCAAGGUCAUCAUUCAAUCCAAGGAAUACGGUUGCUCUCUUGAAGUCAUUGCGAUUGUUUCCUUAUUAUCUGUGGAUUCCAUCUUUUUCACUCCCUCUGACAAGCGUGAAGAAGCGGCGGAAGCGAGACGCAAGUUUUUCCAUCCGGAAGGAGAUCAUUUAACCCUGUUAAACGUACUGAAAGCUUACUGGGAGGUCAAAGGAGAUAUUGAAUGGUGCAAAGAAAACUUUAUCAAUAUAAGAAACAUGAAGAUUGCUUUGGAGGUACGCGAUCAACUGAUUCGAUUUUGUGAACGGUUCGACAUCCCCCCUUCUGUUUCUUGCGGCUCUGAUACCGAUGCUGUGUUGAAAUGUUUCCUUACUGGUUUCUUCCAUAACACGGCAUUACUACAACCGGAUGGAUCUUUCAAGAGCGUUGCAGGCAGCCAAACCGUAAAGAUCCAUCCUGGAUCGGUCAUGUUUGGAAAACGGGUCGAAGGCAUCAUGUACAACGAAUUAGUUUUCACUACGAAACAUUAUGUGCGCAGCGUCUCUGCUAUUCAGUCCAUGUGGCUACCACAAGCGGCUCCAAAAUACUUUAACAAUAAAGCCAGCUAA